UGUUUGUGUUUCUAGAAUCAGAAGGUAAAGCGAGAGGGACAGAAACGAGCGAAUGGAAGUAGGACAGACACCGGACAGAGAUCAACUCGGGACUUUUCUGGACCUGCGGGGCCUGCAGAGCAUUCGGUUGCUAGGCAACUGCGCCUCCUGGGAGGGCGGAGGACUCCCCUCCCCCCCAGGGGCAGGUGUCUAAGUCACUACCUUUUUGUUUAGCCGCGGUGGUUUCUUCUCAAAAUUAAUGCAACCUGUAGCCUUUAAAAGUACACAAUUUUUUGCAACCAAGUUUAGUCAAGCCCUGUAGCCGAGUUCUGCUUGAGGUGGUUUUUCUUUUUCCUGUUCUCAGGCGCGCUGCAGACACCUCUCGGGCAAGGCCCCAGCGGUCGCCGGUUGCCGGGCAGAGCCUGACGCCGCCAGCUCCUAGCUCCCCGCCCACCGCUCUCCUAGAGCGCUGGGCCUUCGCUGGCCGCACCGGCAGUCAUGGGCUCGGAGAUGGAGCCGCUGCUCCUGGCCUGGAGCUAUUUUAGGCGCAGGAAGUUCCAGCUCUGCGCGGAUCUGUGCACGCAGAUGCUGGAGAAGUCCCCUUAUGACCAGGAACCAGAUCCUGAAUUGCCAGUGCAUCAGGCAGCUUGGAUCUUAAAAGCAAGAGCACUAACAGAAAUGGUGUACAUAGAUGAAAUUGAUGUAGAUCAGGAGGGAAUUGCAGAAAUGAUGCUGGAUGAAAAUGCUAUUGCUCAAGUUCCACGCCCUGGAACGUCUUUGAAACUCCCUGGAACUAAUCAGACAGGAGGGCCUAGUCAGGCCGUUAGGCCAAUCACACAAGCUGGAAGACCCAUUACAGGUUUCCUCAGGCCCAGCACACAGAGUGGAAGGCCAGGCACUAUGGAACAGGCCAUCAGAACCCCCAGAACCGCCUACACAGCCCGCCCUAUCACCAGCUCCUCCGGAAGAUUUGUCAGGCUGGGAACGGCUUCCAUGCUUACAAGUCCUGAUGGACCAUUUAUAAAUUUAUCUAGACUGAAUUUAACAAAAUAUUCCCAGAAACCUAAGUUGGCAAAGGCUUUGUUUGAGUAUAUCUUUCAUCAUGAAAAUGAUGUUAAGACUAUUCAUCUUGAGGAUGUAGUUCUACAUCUUGGAAUUUACCCAUUCUUAUUGAGGAAUAAAAAUCACAUUGAAAAAAAUGCUUUGGAUCUGGCUGCCCUCUCCACAGAGCAUUCUCAGUACAAGGACUGGUGGUGGAAGGUACAGAUUGGAAAAUGUUACUACAGGUUGGGAAUGUAUCGUGAAGCAGAAAAACAGUUUAAAUCAGCCCUGAAGCAGCAGGAAAUGGUAGAUACAUUUCUGUACUUGGCAAAAGUUUAUGUCUCAUUGGAUCAACCUGUGACUGCUUUAAAUCUUUUCAAACAAGGCUUAGAUAAGUUUCCAGGAGAAGUAACCCUGCUCUGUGGAAUUGCAAGAAUCUAUGAGGAAAUGAACAAUAUGUCAUCAGCAGCCGAAUACUACAAAGAAGUUUUGAAACAAGACAAUACUCAUGUGGAAGCCAUCGCAUGCAUUGGAAGCAACCACUUCUAUUCUGAUCAGCCAGAAAUAGCUCUCCGGUUUUACAGGCGACUGCUGCAGAUGGGCAUUUAUAACGGCCAGCUUUUUAACAAUCUGGGGCUGUGUUGCUUCUAUGCCCAGCAGUAUGAUAUGACUCUGACCUCAUUUGAACGUGCCCUUUCUUUGGCUGAAAAUGAAGAAGAGGCAGCUGAUGUCUGGUACAACUUGGGACAUGUAGCUGUGGGAAUAGGAGAUACCAGUUUGGCCCAUCAGUGCUUCAGGCUGGCUCUGGUCAACAACAACAACCACGCCGAGGCCUACAACAACCUGGCUGUGCUGGAGAUGCGGAAGGGCCACGUUGAACAGGCAAGGGCACUAUUACAAACUGCAUCAUCUCUAGCACCCCAUAUGUAUGAACCGCAUUUUAAUUUUGCAACAAUCUCUGAUAAGAUUGGAGAUCUGCAGAGAAGCUAUGUUGCUGCGCAGAAGUCUGAAGCAGCAUUUCCAGACCAUGUGGACACACAACAUUUAAUUAAACAAUUAAGGCAGCAUUUUGCCAUGCUCUGAUUGUUCCUGAGACCACAUAUGUUCUUAUGAAGAGGCAUUAUGCAAGGGGAAAGAAGUACUAUGUCUGUGUAUGUAUGUAUAUAGUGUAAUACAUAUAUUUUACAAGCUUGUCCUUGAUAUUAGUGAAGGUGAUAUAUAAGGGUGACACAGAAUGUAUAAUGCAAAUUUCAUAGUAAUAGUAACUUUAUAAAAUAAUAUAAAAUACAGGAUUUAAACCUUUCUAAAUAGAUCAUGAAACUUUCUCCCACGUUAUAUAGUAGAUGUUUGUUUAUAAUGUUUAUAAAACAUUUUGGUGAAUUCCCUCAAUGUUUUAUAAAUGUACAUUUUUUAAGUCCUUAAGCUGACUAUUAGCCAUCAUGUAGCUUAAGGAGUCUGAAAUCUGCCAUUAAAACUGCACCUUUAAGCCAGGUGUAGUAGCAUGUGCCUAUAGUCCCAGCUACUUGGGAGGCGGAGGUGGGAGGAUUAUAAAUAGAGACUUUCCUUUAGACUUUAAAAAUGUAUUUAAAACUAUUUUUAUUAAAUACUUUGUGAUUUCCUAUUAAGUUUUAAAAUAAAUCAGUGUGUAUAACACCAUUUCAUUAUUUUUUAUGAGUUUUUAUUUUAGUCAUCUCAGGUGAAACAGGUUUUACAAAAGUCCAGUAAUCUUAGAAAUUGUCAUUAUUUUAAUUGUAUUUCAAAUGAUGUACCACCAAUUCUGUUUUUUCCUAAAAAGUGAUUUGUGGGAUGUCACAUUAUUAAUAUAAGAAUAUCCAGAAUAGAAAUAGAGUCAUAGGCCAGGAGUCCCACUUCUGGUCAGCCACAGCACGGAAGUCAGCGAUAUUCCAGUACCAUGCAUGGUAUAACAGUCCUAGAAAGGCUCUUGAACUUUUCUCUGCCUUAUUUAGCGGAGCUCUCAUUAAAGUGUUCACAUAAGGAAAUGUGUUAAUGGGACAGGACCACUCAAACUCAUACUGUGGACUUUGGGAUCUCCAUGUUAUUUUCCAUUUUUUUUAACUUGAUGAAAACUUUGAUAGAUACUUAUAUUCUGUUCAGAUUUGUAUAAAUUGUGUACUCAGCUGACCGAACAAAAAAAUUGAAUUCAAGGAAUGAUAGCUUGCUCAAGGCUAGAAUUCAUUACAGACAAGAAAGCAAGGCCCCACGUCACACAGCUAGUUGAGGGUACAUCCAUGGCUGCAGCCCAAGGUCUUGUUCCUGCACCUUAGACUUGAACCUUUCUUGGUUCUCUGUGAUAUGUUAGUGCUUAUUUAGCCCUUGAGAAUGUCCUCGGGUACUAUCACAUUUCCUAAUAUUGUAGUCAAUAUUCAGAUUCAAAUGGUAUAAUGUGAAUCAUUUUGUUAAUUUAAAAUGAGAGCUAAUAAGAAUGGCUAAACAUUUACUGAGGAUGUUGAAUAUGCCCACUGUUCUAAGCACUUUAUGGGAAUGAAUUAAUUUCAUUCCCACCGUAGUCCUAUGCAGGCUGUUAUUAUUCCCAUUUUACUUAUGAGAAUACUGAGGCAUAGAUAAAAGCUUAUUGAACUAGUAGUAAGUGCCAAAGAUUCAGGUUUAGGCAGCGUGGCCCCUUGAGUAUGUGCUCUUAAUCACUAUGCCAAAUCACUUCUCUGUGUUUCUGCUGUAAAUAAAUCUACUACUAUUUAAAAUGAACAUUGUAUGUGUCAGGAAAAUUGAAUAAUAAGGGAAUAUUAACACAGCAAAAAAUAAAUGAUUCAAUUUUCCUAAGGUGA